AUGGACUCUGGCGCAGAUAAAAACUCUCUUGACGUGAGUUGUGCGCGAGACCUGAUGCUGGAAGGGAUUAAAAUACCGUUUGCCAUUAAUGGUGUUGGAGGAAUGAUUAAAUCAUAUCAAGAAGGCUUGAUAUCCAACAUCAUGGUAAGAAAUAUUACCGAUCCAAAUUUUACCAGGGAAAUUAAAGUUCAAUGCUUUCCAAAUCCCGCCGGUAAAAUUACCCCACCAUCUUGGUCAAGUCUUAAACCUAACUUUAAGCACCUGAUGGAUAUUGAAGCCCCGGAGUUUCUUGAUGAACCCGUGUCUUUAAUAAUCGGUAAUGAGGAUCCAAGUUUGCAAGUAAGUCUCGAGGAAAGAGAAGGUUCGAUAAACGAACCUUUUGCGAGACAAUACAGACUUGGAUGGUGUGUCUUUGGUCCAAUCGGUCCAGGAAACCAGCAGCAAAUCACUGCACUUUCCUCCGUCAAGGACAACUACUUCGUCGAUCUUGACGAAGCUGAUUGGACUAACGACAACAUCAAAUCCG